AUGGGCCGCCCCGAGGACGUCGAGGCACAACUCGAUGGCGGCACCAACGGCAUCGCCGUCCAGUGGGACAAAGACCACGGCUCGCCCCUGCUGCCCACCAGCAACGGCGUCAGUGGCGUCGAGAGCAGGAGCAAGGGCGGGGGCGGUGGCGCCGAGGCCGAGUACACGGUGUCGGCCGCCACCAAGUAUGCGUACCUGGCCGCGUACUUCGCCUGCAACGUCGCCCUGACCCUCUACAACAAGAGCAUAUUGGGCAAGUUCUCGUAUCCGUGGCUGCUGACGGCCAUCCAUGCCGGGUCCGCGUCCAUUGGCUGCUCUGUCCUGGAGCUGCGCGGCGUGGUGAGGCGCACGCAGCUGUCGCGCCGGGACGAGUCGGUGCUGCUUGCCUUUUCCGUGCUCUUCACCGUCAACAUUGCCGUCUCCAACGUGUCGCUGGCCAUGGUCUCGAUCCCCUUCCACCAGAUCAUGCGCUCGACCUGCCCCGUCUUCACCGUGCUCAUCUACCGCCUGCGUUACAAGCGCACCUACUCGACCAAGACCUACCUGUCCCUCAUCCCCGUCGUCUGCGGCGUCGGCCUGGCCACCUACGGCGACUACUACUUCACGGCGGCCGGCUUCAUCCUGACCUUUCUGGGCGUCGUGCUGGCCUCCGCCAAGACGGUGGCCACCAACCGCAUCAUGACCGGCCCGCUCGCCCUGUCGCCCCUCGAGUCGCUGCUGCGCAUGUCCCCGCUGGCCUGCGCCCAGGCGCUGCUCUGUGCCCUGCUGACCGGCGAGCUUUCGAGCAUCACGAGCGGCUUCACGGAGAUCCCCAUUGCGCCGCGCAUGGCACUGGCCCUCGCGGGCAACGGCGCCCUCGCGUUCGCCCUCAACAUCUCGUCGUUCAGCACCAACCGCCAGACGGGUGCCCUCACGAUGACCGUCUGCGGCAACGUCAAGCAAAGCAUCACGGUCCUUCUGGGCAUCACCAUGUUUGGCGUCAAGGUCGGCCUGGCCAACGGCGUGGGCAUGCUGGUGGCGCUCGUGGGCGCGGCGUGGUACAGCGUCGUCGAGCUGGGCGCCAAGUCCAGGCGGUAG